UAGAGGAAAUCUUUUAUGACUCUUUCACCACUCAAAGCUGGUGCCCUUCCUGUUGCUUGCAAGGAACAACAUCCUAUACUGCCCGUUUCCAAGGUGGAAGAAUCUAUCAGAAGAUAUGCAGCUCCUCAGAAACCCUUACUGGACAGUGAUGACUACAAAUUUGAUGAGCGAUAUAAAAGAGAACCCAUGCAGAAACCAUCCAAAAUCAGAAUGGCUGUCACCUUAGCGAGGAUCAACCGAGGAACAUUAAUUCAAGGAUUAAACAGCAUAUCCAGAUCUUCCAAAUCAGUGGCCAAACUUCUGCAGCCUCAGCUUGCUUGUAGACUUCUAGAGUUAAGGGACAUAUCACAUCGUUUGCUGAGGGAAGUUAAUGCACCGAAGCAACCCCUCUAUAACGUGCAGGUCAGAAGGGGUUCUUUGUUUGAAAUCAUUUCUUUUCCAGCGAAGACUGCUUUAACUAGCAUAAUGUAUGCUUCAUAUGCAGCACUAAUUUAUUUGACAGUCUGUGUUAAUGCUGUGCUGGAGAAGGUAAAGAAAAUUUUCCAAGAAGAAGAAUCCAUAAGGCAAAACAGAGAAGAGAGUGAAAAUCUUAGAAAAGCCUUUUCUGAGCCUGUGCUUUCUGAGCCUACAUUUCCUGAAAGUGAAAUCAAAGCAAAACCUUACAGGUCAUUACCGGAGAAACCAGACAAUAUUUCAGAUCGCCCCAAACUUCCUGCUAAUAAGUUGAAUAAUAAGAUCCAGGUUUUACAUUCUGUGUUUGACCAAUCAGCUGAAAUGAAUGAAUGAGCAAAUCAGAACAUAAAUAUCACUGAGUGGAGCUUGAGAGUUAUUAUCUAAUCACAUUUCAUCUGACAAAACCAGGAAACUAGUUUUCAUAUAUUGACUGCUCUGCUUUAAAAAAGGGGUGGGGAACUACUAAAAUGUCAUUCUCAAGUAUUUAUAUGGUAGAGAAAAUAAAAUGAAUCUUGAUGUAGAAGUAUGACUAUGAUAUUUUUUAAUGAACAAGAAAGUGAACCCUUUGGAGUGUUAGACUUUAUGCUAUCGUUUAUAACGGUAUAUUUAUAAUACAUUUAUGUUUUUAUAAAGACCUGUUUCAAGUACCUUUCCAAUUAUAGUUGGCCCUUGAACAUGGGUUUGAACUGUGCAGAUCCACUUAUAUGCAGAUCUUUUCUGAUAAAUAAAUUACAGUUCUGGAAAUUUAUAUUCUCUUCCAUAUGAUUUUCUUAACAUUUUCUUAACAUUCUCUCUUAACAUUUCUCUCUAGCUUACCUUAAGAAUACAUUAUAUAAUAUAUAGAACAUUCAAAAUAUGUGUUAAUCAACUGUGUAUGUAAUCAGUCAGGCUUCCAGUCAACAGUAGACUAUUAGUAAAGUUUUUGGGGAGUCUAAAGUUAUAUGUGGAUUUUCCAGCUGUGUGUGGGGUUGGUACCGCCCCCCCUACAAUGUUCAAGGGUCAACUGUAUUCAUCUGGAGGGAAAAUACCCUCCAUAUCAAAAUGCUACAUAUCUUCUUCAGAGAUAAUAAAAGGAUAUUUAUUUUCUAUCUAUAGGCUAAAUAGUUUGAAUCUGCCUAUUAUCGAUCCUUUUUUAAACUCAUCUGUAAAGUUAUGAAGGACUUAUAAUUCUCAGAUGUAAUAAAUUUAUAAAACAAAAUAUUAUUUACAAAUCUUAUAGAAAAUUUCUAUAUAUGAGGGUAGGAUAUGACAUGACAUUUUUUUAUUUCCAGAUUUGUUGGAACACAUUUAGAACCAGAAAUCAAGUCCAUAUUACUCAUUGUUGCCACUGGGUCCUGAGAGAAAAUGCUUCUGUAACUGGCCCUGCAAAUGAGGGCCACUGUUUUGCCUGCAGGAGGUACUUUGGUUUCUUCCACACGUCUUAAAUUCUGGACACGUGUUAUGACCUGUGUGGUCAUUGGAGGAUUAGCACCUGAUAUAAUAGGCUAGGAUUUACCCAUCGAGUGAUAAUACAUUUCCUGUACCUGGUAAAUAGCUACUGCCAUAAAAGUAUUUAUAAAAAGCCAAACCUUGGCUUUUUAGUAGUCUGAGAAAUGAGUAACAAGUGUUCUAUCACCUCAUGUUACCCAUAUUCCUUCAGAAAAGGAAAUGUAAUAAUAUGUAGCAAAGGGCUCCUCUGUAAGCAGACCCUUAAUUAUAGGUACUUAAUUCACUUAUUAUUUUUAUGAAAACCAAGGAAAAGAGUCCAAGUGGCCCCCCUAGAAUGUUCAGUAUUAGGUCUGGGGCUUUAAUGCAAUCCUAGGCCACUAAGAAGAUUACUGUGCUUAGAGACAAAAUUCCAAUUUUGACAGUUUUUCGCACUCUGAAUUCAUAAUGUGAUCAUCCUGGUUCUUAUUCUACUUAUGGUUAUAUUCUACUAUAUGCUGCCGAGUUUUAGAUGAUAAGCACCCAGAGUGUUACAGUACAGUGUGGGCACCAGGCAACCAGAUUAGUGCUGGCCAUAAAUAACGGGCCUAUGAAAGCAGGGUAGGCCAAUUGAACAUCGACCCUGCCUGUGAACUCAGCAGAAAGGACUGAAGAACAACACCCUCUAUCUCUUCUCUGUAACAGUUACGUGAAACACUUAGUUCUACUACAUUACAACAUUCUCAAAAACAAAACAAAACAAAAACAAACCUUUGUUUGAAAAUUUCACGUAGGACAUUCAAAGUACUUUGGCUCACUGAAUAAGGAACUUCACAUCUCUCAUGGCUGGGCAGCAGCUGUGUGUGUCUUCCUUACUUUGAGAGUAUUUGCUUUGACCAGAGAGAAACUGAGCCAAGAUUUGUUUAGUUUCGAUGUGCAGUACAGGAGGAUUAAGGAGUGCACUUGUAGUGAGCACUGGGUGUUGUAUGGAAAUCUUGAAUAAGUUUCUUAUUUUUAAACGAAGCAUUGUAAAUUGAUCCCAUUUUGGAGGCAUUGUUUUAAGUGUAAAAAGUCUACUCUAUAUUUGGAAAAAUUGACUAGUUGAGAUUUAAGCAUUUCAGUGUAUUUAAAUUUUACCUAUAAAAAGAAAGAAUAACAACCAAAUGGCGGGGGGAGGUGGAGAAUGUGUCGAGGUAUCAGUGAAACAAGAAUACAAGAAUAGAAGAAGGGAAGGAUGCUGAUAAUUGUUGAAGUUGGGUGAUGAGAGUUUAUUAUGCUACUCUGUUUAGUUUGUGUAUAUUAAAACUUUUGCAUGAUAAAGUCUGCUAAUCAAAAUAGGGAUUACCUCCCCCAUAUUUUUUAUUAGAUCUAAUUUUUUACCUUUCCUUCACUGUGGUUACUGCAAAUAUUUUCACCCUUCUUAAAAUGCACAUUCCAAACCUAUAACCUUCAGGUUCCAGUCAAUCCAGAGGACUAGAUGAAAUGUAUUCUAUAGACCCUGAUAAUAAUCCUUCCAUCACACUAAAUAUA